AUGUCGACAUACCUUGUUCCCGGUCAAAAUACAUGCUGCCACCUCACCGCAAUUGACGCUGAAAACCAAAUCCCAACAGAAGAAGAGUUACAAGCGUACAACAAGCUCGAUGAAAAGCUCGACGAUCUUCUUGCAACUCUUCCCAAACAGAAAGGUUGGAGAAGCCCAAACAUCUUUUUACACAAAGGUUUCUGGUUGACCCCCCAAGCUAUCAAAGGUUUACUAAUGAUCGAUGACUACUUCCAUCCCCAAUCCACUGACAUCUUCCUUGCAACUUUCAUGAAAUGUGGAACCACCUGGUUUAAAGCUCUCAUGUUCGCCACCGCCAACCGUCACCGUUACAAUUUUUCCGAUCAUCCUCUUCAUCACAAUGGACCCCAGAGUGUUUUCCCCUUCCUUGACUCCCACAUUUUUCUUGACUAUCCGGUAACUAAGUUCGACCAUCUCCCUUCUCCUCGACUCUUCGCCACACACUUUGCUCACAGCUUGUUACCGAUCUCACUGUCAUCACCCUCGUCGACGUGCAAGUUUGUGUACGUGUGUAGGGAUCCAAAAGACGUACUCAUUUCCAAGUGGCACUUCAUGAGCAAACUUAGGUCGAAAGAACUAACACCCAUUUCGUUCAAUGAAACGUACGAGCUUUUCUGCAACGGGAUCUCAGAAUACGGACCAUUUUGGGACCAUGUGUUGGGAUACUGGAAAGCAAGCCAGGAAUCACCUGAGAAGAUCUUGUUCCUGAAGUAUGAGGAUAUGAAGAGGGAACCGUCGGUGGAGCUGAAGAAGUUGGCGGCGUUCAUGGGAAUCCCUUUUACGGUGGAGGAGGAGAAGGGAGGGGUGGUGGGAGAGAUUGAGAAGCUGUGUAGCUUUGAGAAUUUGAGUAAUCUUGAGGUGAAUAAUGACGGUGGUGGUGCUCAGAAGUUUACUGCGCAAUUGGUGGUGGAGAAUCGAGAUUUUUUCAGGAAAGGAAAGGUGGGAGAUUGGGAAAACCACCUUACAGAGGAGAUGAGUGAGCGGAUUGAUUCAAUCACUGAAAGCAAGUUGAAGGGUUCGGGGUUGACAUUGGGUCUCACCAAAAGAAGUUAA